UGAAAACAGAGGUUUAAUUGCGGUGAGGUGAGAGAUAUUUUGUAAGAGCGAGAAGACCAUACAGCACAGGGGCAAGAACAAACAUAGGCAAGCAGCAGACCGUCAGUUGGAGUAGAACGAGUCGAGUGGACCGAUUGGUCGUGGUGUUGUACGUUUGUUUUUGUGGUAGAAGAGCAAAUAACGCAGCGAAUUGUUGGCGAUUCCGCAGUCUGCCUUAGAAGGGACAUGGCCGUCUUUUUGCUCAAUAUCUGUAAAUUUAAUGGCUGCGGAAUCACAUUUCCAAGUUUAGGAGAUUUAAUACAACACAUUGAGGACACACAUAUUGAUUAUGAUCCCAAAGUGGUAGAACAAAAGGAACAGGCCCAGCCUGCUUGUUUGCCCUUGAGCUAUGUGUUACGUUUUAUAUCGGAUGAUGCACGCAAAGAAAGUCCCUUUCUGUCGGCCAAUGCUGCAGGCGCUGAACUUAAGCGCAAGCUGGCGAUUAAACAUCACAGUUAUAGCAUGUCCUCAUCGAAUCGUAGUAACACCCCUACUGGUAGCGAAAUGGAUGAAGAUGAAAUGGUUGUUUCCGAGUCGGAGGAUAGCAAUGAUUCCUGGACAACCGAAGAGUUUAGUUCCGAGUUCAUUAUGCGCUACGGCAGCAGGCAUUCCGGUUCUGGCAGCAAUGGCACACCAGGCAAUGAGAAACCAUUUGCAUGUCCUGUUCCGGGAUGCAAGAAGCGUUACAAAAACGUGAAUGGAAUCAAAUAUCAUUCGAAGAAUGGUCAUAAAAAAGAUGGAAAAGUGCGAAAAGGCUACAAAUGCCAUUGUGGCAAAAGUUACAAAACUGCGCAAGGCUUAAAAAGUCAUGCGUUGGUAGCACAUAAUUCAUCACCGGAAAAUGUUUUGGUAACACAGACUCUGGGUAAUGUGCUUUCGACCGGCAAUGGUAGUGGUGGUGGUGGUGCAUUAGGAGGUGGAGGCGGUGUGCUAAUGCAGCGCAGCACCUCACCAUCUCAAUCACUGGGCUCAUUGAGUCCCUCAAGUAUUAGCAACAUGUCCAGCGGAGCUAGUAGCUGUCAUGGCAGUGGUGGCCUUAAUGGCAAUGCUAGUACGGGCACAGGCAAUGGCAAUUGCAGUCAAAAUCUUUUGCAACACUUCUCGAAUAACAGCAGUCAUGGUUCCCAAGGUCAAACAACGACGGUCAAUUGUUUGGCUCAAGCUAUCAAUGGUGGUGGCAAUGGGGUUAGCGGCGGCAGCGUUGGCGGUGGCACCUUAAACUUGCAGCAACAACAAUACACUACAACUGCCAAUAAUCAUCAACAAGUUGUAGCUGCCGGUGCUGGUGCUGCAACACCAUCCUCCGCAUCCUCUAUACUAGCAACAACUGUGGCCACCUCAGCAAAUGUUGCAGCCGCUGCAGGAGUUGUUAAUAAUGUUUCUGCAUCAUCCACAGAGUCGUCCUCCACCCAAUUUUCUUUUAGUGGACAAUUGUUGCCCACUGCCACGCAACAACAGCAACGUUGCAACGUUCCCUCGUCAUUAAAUGCCGGUGGUGUUGGUGCGGGUGCGGGUGCGGGUGCGGGUGCGGGUGCGGGUGGCGGCAGUGGUGGAUGUCUCAAUGCGGGUCUUAGUAAUAAUGGCAAUUGUUUUUAUGCAGCCACGGCUCCUAUAAUGCCAACUAAAUCCCUAUUGCCAUCUUUUGGUAGUUCGGCGGCCAACAAUGGGCCCCAAUUGCCAACAAAUUUACAGCAACAGCAACAACAACAUCAUCAUCAGCCACCUGCCAUAUCUCCGACUUUUAUAGAACACAAAUAUUCAGCAAAUACAUUCAAAGAGAAAUUUUUAGCCAAUCUAAGACAAAAUCAACAAAAUAAUAAAUUGAAAACUUUAAACUUACCAAUAACAACAACAACACCAAUCAUAACACCACCAACGGUAACAGCAGCAGCAGCGGCAGCUGUAAACACUGUAGCACCAACAUUAAUCGAUAAUAACAGAAUACUAAUAGACAAUGGCAGUAUUAAUAAUUGCGAAACAUCAAACUCUUUAGAGACUGAAAUUAUUGAUGAUGAUGACGACGACGAUGAUGAUGAGGAGGAUGUGGACGAAGAAGAUGAUGAAGUCUUUAAUGUUGCAGAGGGUCAGGACAAUAUCAAUGAAAAGCAUAAUAAUAAUCGGUUAAAAGACAAUAUGACUGCUAAUGUUAAUGGUCUUUGUGGGGUGUCUGCGGCAUCACUUUAUAUCACUAAUAAUGUAGGUGGCAGCAGCGGCGGCGUAGGCAUUGGCGCUGGUGUCGUCGAGGUUAACAAUGCAAAUCCUGAAAAGUGUUCCAUACAACAGCAACUGAAUGAAACUAUAAAAAACAAUUUAUAUAAAAAGUCCAUCAAUUGAUAAGCCUCUUUUGUGUUGGCGCAUCUUUUGUGUUGGCGCAAAGGGAAGAGACUUUUUGCCUCAUUACAAAAACUUUAUAAGCACCCGCCCUCCCUCCCCCUCAUUGUCUUUUACUACAUACAUUUUCCUCAACCUCCCCUCCCCUACCCUACCCGCCCCUCAUUUCUUCUCUUAUACAUGGCUGUGAUGUGUGGAAUAAAUAACUAAACUUUAAAAUUAAUUUUAGAGAAUAAAAGGCUUUAGUUUAGUAAAGAAAAUUAAAAAAAAAAUUAAACUAAAUCAAUAGGGACUAGUUAGUGUCUAUAACAAAAGGAAAGAAUGACUUGUUUAUAUACAAAUGGCUUGAAAUGCAGUAGAGAUUGAGCCCUAUAUAACACACAUUGUGGAGAAUAAUGCAAGUUGCGAAAUUUAUUUAAAUGAGUUUUCUUGUUUUUUUUUUCUGUAAAAAAUAUAUAUAUAUAGAUAGAUAUUGUUUUGUUUUUUUUUUUCUUCGAUGUGUUAGAAUUUUUGUUUAAUGUAUUUAUUUAUUUUUUCCAUUAUUGUAUGUGUAUAAAUGAAUUUUGUUUUUGUUGUUGUUUUCAUAAUGGAAACCUAUAAAUGUAAUAAGAUAAUGAAAAAUGAAAAAAAUCAAAAAAAAAAUUAUGUUAACUAGUUACAUACCUAUAAUCACAUAUACAUACAUAUUUAAAUGUUGCCAGAGGUCAAAUGAUAAACUAACAUACAUAUGAAGAAUUCCAUAACAAAUUAUACAACGGAUUGAAAAAGUUUUCUGUACUUUAUGUGAGAAAAAACGCAAUAGGUCAACCAGUCCAUGAAUGGACUCAAAAUCAGAAAAAGCAUAUAGAAGAUAAAAAAUCAGUCUGUUCUUGUUGGCCAUAUGCCGCUAAAGUGUAGCGGAAAUAUUAUAGGAAUUCCUCUAAUCUUUGGUGUAGCGUCUCCAGUUUGUUGCUGUAGUACAGCUGAUUUGUGAGAGCAAAAGCAAUAACUUUGUUGACGAAGUGAUUGUGAUGAUCAUUUUGAAAGGUUUAAGGGGUUCACUCAAUUGCAGUGAAAACUAUGUGGACUUUCUUUGCGGGCGCCAAUUUAUGAAAUUUCUCUGCUACUUUUUUUAUACCCUCCACCAUAGGAUGGGUGGUAUACUAAUUUCGUCACUCUGUUUGUAACACCUCGAAAUAUGCGUCUAUGAACCCAUAAAGUAUAUAUAUUCUUAAUCGUCAUGACAUUUUAUGUCGAUCUAGCCAUGUCCAUCCGUCUGUAUGUCGAAAGCAUGCCAACUUCCGAAGGAGUAAAGCUAGACGCUUGAAAUUUUGCACAAAUACUUUUUAUUAGUGUUGGUCGGUUGGGAUUGUAAAUGAGCCAAAUCAGUCCAUGUUUUGAUAUAGCUCCCAUAUAAACCGAUCUUGGGUCUUGACUUCUUGAGCCGCUGGAGGGCGCAAUUCUCGUCAGAAAUUUUGCACGUCGUGUUUUGGUAUCACUUCCAACAAUUACGCUAAGUAUGGUUAAAAUCGGUUCAUAACCUGAUAUAGCUGCCAUAUAAACCGAUCUUGAGUCUUGACUUCUUCAGCUUUUAGAGGGCGCAAUCCGUAUCCGUAUCCGAUUUGGUUGUAAUUUUGCACGUAGUGUUUUGGUGUCACUUCCAACCACUGUGCUAAGUAGGGUUUAAAUCGGAAAUAACCUGGUAUAGCUGCCAUAUAAACCGAUCUUGGAUCUUGACUUCUUGAGCCUCUACACGGCGCAAUUCUUAUCCGAUUUGGCUGAAAAUUUGCAUGAGGUGUUUUGCUAUGACUUUCAACAACUGCGCUAAGUAUGGCGCAAAUCAAUACAUAAGCUGAUAUAGCUGCCAUAUAAACCCAUCUGGGAUCUUGACUUCUUGAACCUCUAGAGGGCGCAGUUAUUAUCCAAUUUGGCUGAAAUUUUGAACAUCGGCUUCUCCCAUGACCCUCAACAUACAUGUUUAAUAUGGUCUGAAUCGAUCUAUAGCUUGAUACAGCUCUCAUAUAAACCGAUCUUCCGAUUUUGCUUCUUGAGCCCCUACAAGGUGCAAUUCUUAUCCGAAUGGACUGAAAUAAUACACAAUGACUUCUACAACGUUUAGCAUUCAAUUCAUUUAUGGUCCGAAUCGGACUACAACUUGAUAUAGCUCCAAUAGCAUAUCAGUUCUUAUUCAUUAUUCUUUGUUUGCGUAUAAAGAUAUACCGCGCAAAGAACUCGACAAAUGCUAUCCAUGGUGGAGGGUAUAUAAGAUUUUACUUGUUUCUUCUCACAUUGCAAAGGCUUGGCUUGCCAUCGCAAAGCCCCACAAAUGUCUUACUUGUUGGCUGAAAUGACUUGUGUAGCUCAGUAGUUUUUACUGUUAUUGUGAGUGUAUAUCUUUAGCGAAGAACUAUUAGGACUAUAGAUGAGCUAAAGAGUAAUUUGCUUUGAUACUCCCAUAAAAUAAGCCAAAAAUAGCAGGCUUUGACAACUAGCUUAUAACUAAUGGUUAAACCAAGGAAGCAUCGAUUGAACAUCCCCAUUUCGCUGAUGUACAAUGGUUUCAAAUCCAAAAUUCAUAAACGUAAUUCUGUCUACGAUGAUUAUUAAUGAAACUCUUUACGCUCUUUUAGUUAAUUGCUUAUAAAUGAUCAAAUUAUUUAAACAAGAAAAAAAAAUAAUUUUGAACAAAAUCAGAGUAUUUCAACAAAAAAAAAAACCAUAAGAAAUUAUUAGUUUUCUUAAAAUCUUUAAUUUUUUAUUAAAUCUUUAUAAGAGCCAGUUAAAAAAAUCAAAUGUAGGACAGGAGGAUUUCUUACUCUUAGCAAAUUUUCUGGAAUUUAAAUAAUUUUUCAAUAUUAUAAAGUUAAAAGUUUAUUACAUUUUGCUUUGUUUUUCUUUUAGACUGAAAUGCAUUGUCCCUUAAAUUUUUUUUUUUUACUUUUACUCUAGUAACUUUUUUUAUGAAAAUCAUAUAAAAAAAAACAAUUAUUUAAUUUUGAAUUCAAUUACAAGAAAUAUAAAGAAUUUUGGAUUUGCAUUUAAAGUACGUUUUUAUUGGCCACUUAAUCCCGAUUUAUGGCCUUUUCGAGAUUUAAGUGCUAAAUCCUGUGGUUUUAGAUUUUACCAUACCAAAAUAAAUCCAACUUUUGCUGGAUUUAUUUUUAAAUCCCAAAUAACCCUGGUUUCAUGUCUGAAUAAUCGAUAAAAGUACCAAAAUAUGCAACUGUUUUCAAGAAUUGCGUUUGGAUGUGUGUGAUAUGCACAUUCAUGUAUACACAUGUACGCUUGUGUGUGUCACUUAAAUCCCCAAAAACGCAAUGUAAAACCCCGUUUACACUGCUCAUUUAAUCCGGAUUUUAGGUGCCCGUCAGCUGAUUUUAUAAAGGAAAAACAGCUGAUGGAGGUUUAAACGAUCAGUAUUUGUUUUUGGAUUUAGGUAAAUCCAGAUCAUAAAAAUUUCAAUGUUAACGUGCUAUUAGCCCCAUCAACUUUGGGUUAACGCUGCCAUAUAGAAAAAAAUAAAAAAUUAGUUUAGUAAAGCUAGAAGCUUGAAAUUUUGCACAAAUACUUUUUAUUCGUGUAGGUCGGUUGGGAUUGUAAAUGGGCCAAAUCGGUUCAUGUUUUGAUAUAGCUGCCAUAUAAACCGAUCUUGAGUCUUGACUUCUGAGCCUCUAGAGGGCGCAAUUCUCAUUCGAUUUGGCUGAAAUUUUGUACAACGGCUUCUCCCAUGACCUUCAACAUACGUGUCCAAUAUGGUCUGAAAUGAUCUAUAGCUUGAAACAGCUCCUAUAUAAACCGAUCUCCCGAUUUUCCUUCUUGAUAAGAAUAGGCGCAAUUCUUAUCUGAAUGGAGUGAAAUAUAAUACAAUGACUUCUACAAUGUUCAGCAUUCAAUUGAUUGCCUAAAGCAUUGUACCAAUAAAAGCUAGUCAAGAGAUAGUGCACUUCACCAGAAAAAAUUGUACUCAGCUGUUUACGGUACACUACCUGGUAAUUAUGUCAUGUAGUGUACCGUUAACAGCUGAGUUAAAUUUUUUCUCGCGAAGUGCACUAUCUGUCAAAAAGUUUUGGUUGUGUGUGUAUUAUAGUUAAGAACCAUACACACACAAACAACGAAAAAUGGCGCGAACUAGUAACAUACUCAAAAUCAGAGUUGCACUAGUCAUUGAUUUUGACAGACAGUACACUCAAUAUUUUGUUGUUGGGUAACUGCCACUACCUGUAAUUGAAUACAUCUUGGCUUGUCGGGUUCUAAGCAUGAGGACAGUGUUUUCCGUCGCACAUGUGUCCCCGCCAUGAAUUACUGUGGGUACGUUGUUGAUUGCAUGGCUGCCUUUAUUAAUAAAUUAACUUUCACAGCUGUUGUGCUGUAAGGAGCGGUAUUUAGGGUUGUUUUCUUAGGGCACUUCAUGGCGAAACAAUUAAUGUUGGUCUCAUUUGUACAACAACCACAAAUCAUAUGGUACAAUCCGCCAUUUGCCAUCAAGCUGAUCGUCGUUUUACUAACACACUCAAAGAAAUUUGUGUGCGUACAUGAGCAAAGAAUAUGCGAGAAAGAAGAUGACAACAAAGAGAACGCUAACAAAAAUCUGACAACUAAAUACCGUCAAACUUGGCCGGCUGUUAUCAGCUGUUCGCGUGAGACCACCUUUAUAAAUCGAACGAUUAUGGUUUUCUUUUUAGCUCCAUUCAGCUUGUUGAGCAUUUUUGUAGGUUUUUCUCAAAGAACCUAGACGAUGUAAAUUCGAGUAGGUUUAAUAGAUCUUUAAUCAUUGUCCACUUCAUUUUUGUGUUUCUCUGCGAUUCAAAUGAAGCCCAUCGAUUUGAUCCUACAGUGUUGAAACAACCUGUGGAUUUUUCCACUCAGAAGAUCAGUUAUUUGUAGAGCACUUCUCUCAUCAGCCAUGAGUCUCGUUCUUUGGGAUAAUAUUUUGAUCAGGAAAAUUCAUAUUUUAUGGCUUCAAUUGAUUUUUUUUACUUUUUUUCAUUAUUAUCUCAUUUUUUAACAAGCUAGAUGGUGAAUAUGAAAUUAUUAAAAAAAAAAAUUAAAUAUUACUAGACAUUUAUUUGUAAUUCGGAAUUUGUAUAUUAUAAAAGUUUUUUUAUUGAAUUCAAAUUGAAAUAUAUUUUAUAAAAAAAAAAUAUAUAUAGUGUAUCACAUUAAUCAGAGCAAAUUUUUUCACAAUUAUUUCUUACACAUUUAACGAAUAUUCGCCAAUAAUAGAAAGGUUUUAUUUUUAAAUGAAUUAAAUAUAAAUAAGGGACUGCUUGCGUAAUUUUAUUUUGAUUUCCUCCUGUUUAUGUUUUAGUUGAUAUAUUCUUUUUGUUCAUUUCAAAAAUAAAAAAGCAAAAGUAAAUUGUGGGGUUGUGAUGUUCAUUAUAUCCAGUUUAAAAUAUAUCCUAUACAAAAAAAAGACAAAAAUACCAAAAAAAAAAAACGAAACAGUAACUCCUUAAACUUAACAAGAACAUCUAAAAGCGAUAAAUAAUCCGUUUAAAAAAUCUUUACAAACACGCAGACACACACACACAAGUUUAAGUUCGUUGUGUAUGUUAUCCUAAAGAAAA